GAAUGUAGAUUAAAUUAUUUUACACAAAUUAAGUAUUAUGAUUGUGUUUUUAGUGCUAAAUAACCUUGCUCUCACAUAUCGACAAGGGAGGAAAUACAAAGAGGCGAUAAAGACAUACGAAGAGUCGCUCGAGUUGAAAAUGCGAUGCGAGGACGGGAAUCUAGUGGAAAAAUCUACGACUCUCAUGAAUCUUGGUUACUGCUACGGAGAGAUCGGAAACCUUGAGAAAAGUUUGAAUUUACUGGAGGAGGCACUCACAAUCAGCCGAUUAUGCUUCUCAUCUUCUCAUCCCUUCUUGGCACUUACUAUACUUCACCUUUCCAAUACGUACAAUUUACUUGAUAGAAAAGAUGAAGCUUGGAAAUUGGCAAGAGAAGCGUUGGAUAUUGCAAGCGUGUCAUUACCGUCAUCACAUUCUCAAUUGGCCGUGUAUAUGAUCCAUUUGGGCAAUUGUUGUCGAUCACGAGGAAACUGCGAUGAAGCCAUCUCGUGGCACGAGAAAGCUAGACAAUUGCUGCAACAACAAGAGCAAUCAUCUGGAAGAGACGAACUCGUUGCUGCAAAUUUGUAUCUCUUGUCUCGCGACCACGACGAGAAAGGAUGUUAUGAAAAAGCUUUAAAGCUGUGUUUGGAAGCAAUAGAAAUGGAACAAGAGAGUCAUUCUCCAGAUCAUCUUUAUAUUGCAAUUCGUAUGAUGAGUUUAGGUUCGUAUGAAAUCAAGGCCGCAAGACUUGAGGCGUCUAUGGCCCAUUUGCAAUCUUCCUUGUCAGUUUUGCAAGAUACACUACCUACUAGUCAUUUCACCGCAGAUUGUCACUUUUACCUUGCUACGUUAUUUCUUGCUAUGAAAGAAGGGUCACAAGGCAGUCUGCAUGUAGAGAAAUGUCUUGAGUUACGAAAAACGAUUUUUCCAGUUGGUCACAGCAAGAUCGGGAAAGCCGAGUCUCUCAAACAAGAAAUUCAAGUGUUGAAUGAAAAUGCAAGUGACUGACAUGAUAUUCCUACUUUUGCUGAGUGUGUGUUGCCGUUUGCAUGUGUUAUCGAAUCGACGAGAUUGCUUUGUAUGGCUCACAGACUAUACGUAUGUCUAGAUAGGAUUGUAGCUUGCACCUUGUCAAUAUCGUAGGGAACAGUUUGUGCACUGUGGCACUCUGUUGUAUGUAACUCUAGAACCAAACGUCACUAUGCACUUGCUACGAUGAGCUAUAGUCACUAUGCACUUAGUUUAUC